CCGAGUCAGGAAAAUGGCUGCGAGUACCUCUGUAGUCCCGGUGGCGGUGACGGCGACGGCGACGGUGAUGCCCGGCCUAUCCACUAACGCAGAUUUCUCAGAUUUGCGGGAAAUUAAAAAGCAGCUGCUGCUCAUUGCGGGCCUUACUCGAGAGCGGGGCCUGCUGCACAGUAGCAAAUGGUCCGCGGAGUUGGCCUUCUCCCUCCCCGCGUUGCCUUUGGCCGAGCUGCAGCCGCCGCCGCCUAUUACAGAGGAGGAUGCCCAGGAUAUGGAUGCUUAUACCCUGGCCAAGGCCUACUUUGAUGUUAAAGAAUAUGACCGGGCAGCACAUUUCCUACAUGGCUGUAAUAGCAAGAAAGCCUAUUUCCUAUAUAUGUACUCCAGAUAUUUGUCUGGAGAGAAAAAGAAGGAUGAUGAAACUGUUGAUAGCCUAGGCCCCCUGGAGAAAGGACAAGUGAAAAAUGAGGCUCUUAGAGAAUUGAGGGUAGAGCUCAGCAAAAAGCAUCAAGCUCGGGAACUUGAUGGAUUUGGCCUUUAUCUGUAUGGUGUGGUGCUUCGAAAACUGGACUUGGUAAAAGAGGCCAUUGAUGUGUUUGUGGAGGCUACUCAUGUUUUGCCUUUGCAUUGGGGAGCCUGGUUAGAACUCUGUAACCUGAUCACAGACAAAGAAAUGCUGAAGUUCCUGUCUUUGCCAGACACCUGGAUGAAAGAGUUUUUUCUGGCUCAUAUAUACACAGAGUUGCAGUUGAUAGAGGAGGCCCUGCAAAAGUAUCAGAAUCUCAUUGAUGUGGGCUUUUCUAAAAGCUCAUAUAUUGUUUCCCAAAUUGCAGUUGCCUAUCACAAUAUCAGAGAUAUUGACAAAGCCCUUUCCAUUUUCAAUGAGCUAAGGAAACAAGACCCUUACAGGAUUGAAAAUAUGGACACAUUCUCCAACCUUCUUUAUGUCAGAAGCAUGAAAUCUGAGUUGAGUUAUCUGGCUCAUAACCUCUGUGAAAUUGACAAAUACCGUGUAGAAACGUGCUGUGUAAUUGGCAAUUAUUAUAGUUUACGUUCUCAGCAUGAGAAAGCGGCCUUAUAUUUCCAGAGAGCCCUAAAGUUGAAUCCUCGGUAUCUUGGGGCCUGGACACUGAUGGGGCAUGAGUACAUGGAAAUGAAAAAUACAUCUGCUGCUAUCCAGGCUUAUCGACAUGCCAUUGAGGUCAAUAAGCGGGACUACAGAGCUUGGUAUGGCCUUGGGCAGACCUAUGAAAUCCUUAAGAUGCCAUUUUACUGCCUAUAUUACUACAGACGGGCCCACCAGCUUCGGCCCAAUGAUUCUCGUAUGCUGGUUGCAUUAGGAGAAUGUUAUGAGAAACUCAAUCAACUAGUGGAAGCCAAAAAGUGUUAUUGGAGAGCUUAUGCUGUGGGAGAUGUGGAGAAAAUGGCUCUGGUGAAACUGGCAAAGCUUCAUGAACAGUUGACUGAGUCCGAACAGGCUGCCCAGUGUUAUAUCAAAUAUAUCCAAGAUAUCUAUUCCUGUGGGGAAAUAGUGGAACAUUUGGAGGAAAGCACUGCUUUCCGCUAUUUGGCCCAGUACUAUUUUAAGUGCAAGCUGUGGGAUGAAGCUUCAACUUGUGCCCAAAAGUGUUGUGCAUUCAAUGAUACCCGGGAAGAAGGUAAAGCCUUGCUCCGGCAAAUCUUGCAGCUGCGGAACCAAGGGGAAACUCCCACGGGCGAGAUGCCUGCUCCCUUUUUUCUCCCUGCUUCAUUGUCUGCUAAUAACACCCCCACACGCAGAGUUUCUCCACUCAACUUGUCUUCUGUCACACCAUAGUUGGCUACUUUCAAGUUAGCACUUUGCUAGACCCAUAUUAAGCCUUACCUUCAUGUAAAGAAUGGCCAUGUCUGUCCUUCCAAGGACUGCAGCUCUUUUUGUUUCUACAGAUGGAAAUAGCUUCUUGGGGACAGUUUAUAUAAUUACCUUCAGAGGCAGAUAGAAGAAUACUGGCAGAAACAGAUUCUGUCUUUUGCCAGUUAGAAGCACUUCUAUCUCCCUUCUAUUCAGAGUGGCUGUCAAUCUUGGCCUUCUUCUCAGUGCCCUUUCUCUCCACCCCCAUUAAAACAUACCUUUUACAGCACUUUAGCACAGGCAAUGCUACAGGAAAAAGGUUUUAAUGCUGCUGGGAGUGGGACAGGCAAGAGAGGGAGAAGUCUGCCACUCUACCCUUUUCUGGCAGUAAGGGCACUAACUACCCUAGGAAGGAGUCAGGGCACUAGACAGAAAUGACUCCUUGAAUUUGCUGAGUUAUGAUCCCUAUUCUGAUAUUAAGAGAUUAGGUUUAAACAAAGUGGAGCUAUACAUUUGUUCUUAACCUAGGAGACAUUCUUCAAGACAGUUUUGAAAAGGAAUCUGGAAGUAACUUACUAGGAUUGAAGGGCAAAAAAACUCCACCUGAACUAUUGAUGACCCUUCCUAAGGGCAGAGAUGGCUAUAGCACUAGCUAUACCUCUACCAAAGCAAAGCUAGAAUUACAGAUAAUUCAUGGACUUUUGAAAAUAACAUUUUUGACUAUAUUGAGAAUAAACUUAAUUCAUGCUGGUUUUAAUAAAUUUUUGAUAUAAUUGUUUUUUUCCUUCCUAUCUCCAAAAGAAUACAUUUUGUCAGCCUUAUUUGUCUAGACUAGGUAAAGGGAAUCAUUUUUGUGGUGCUCUUGGAGGAUUUCAGAUCUGUGCACAUGUUCACUAGCAGGUAAUAUGCUUUGACUGUGAUGUCAGCUAUAAUGAACUUGUAGAUGCUAUGAACCAUUCUGGGCUCAGGAUCUAGUUUUCCUUCUCUUAUUCCCAGAACAUUUUUAUUACCUCUUCACCUCCUAAUGUAUGAUACUUCAUUUUAUAUUUAAACAUGUAGACUAUCUAAUAUCACUUGAAUUCAUUAUUACUAAACCUUAGACUUGGUAUAUGCUAGUUCCUGGUCUUCAUUGCCAUUUCUAUGCAAAGUUCUUAGGGGCCAGAAUGACAUUGAGUACCAGGUUUUCUACCCUUUUAAUAAUUUGUUUUAAUGAUUUUGCUAAAUUUGAUAUUUGAAUAAAAAAUGUGAACAAUAA